CAAUUCAUCGGUUAAGACUGCAGAACAAUUAAAACAGUAGCUUCCAACAUGAAGGCGUUCAUUGUGUUGUCCAUGGCUUUGACUAUCGCUUCCUGUGCGGCAGUCGACGAUUCCAACGUCAAGAAGGAAAAACGUGGCCUCUGGGAGCUGAGCGACGAUCAUAGCAACUUCGGAUACGAUGACCAUCUUCAGCACUACGGCGAUGAUCAUCACGAACUGAAGCACGUAUCCACAACUAUCACCAAGAAGGUUCCGGUCCCAUACCCAGUUGAAGUAGAGAAACACGUCCCAGUUCCGGUGAAGGUCCCAUAUCCAGUUCAUGUCGAAAAGAAGGUCCCGGUUGUAGUUGAAAAGAACGUUCCGGUUUACGUCGAGAAGAAAGUUCCGGUACAUGUUGACCGUCCAGUCCCAUACCCAGUGGAAGUGAAAGUCCCAGUUGUUCACAAAGAAUACGUCGAGGUUCCGAAACCGUACCCAGUUCAUGUCGAGAAACCAGUUCCAGUGUACGUGCAGAAGCCGGUGUAUGUCGAGAAGCAUGUUCCAGUGACGGUGCAUAUCAAGGAGCACAAGAAGCAUUGGGGUCUGUUUGAAGGAAUUUAAUUAGUUGA